GCUUUGGAAAUUUCUUAAAAAUGGAUAGUUCGUUGCCGCAUAUUAUAGAAAGCGCGGAUUGUGGUGGUUCAACAAAACCGAAAGACAGGUUAAUCAGUCUUCUUGAUCAGAUUGAAGUACAUGUAGAACAACUAAGGAAAGAUGCCUGGAAACUCGAAGAAGAAAGAGAUACACUCCUGACUACCUUAGAUACCCUUAAAAACAAUGAAAUACUGAGCGGAUUAGAAGAAACUGACAGAGAUGAUGUACUAAAGUAUGCAGAAAGAUUAUCUAUGCGAUGUUUAACAGUUGAUGUUUUGGUCAAAAUACAACGUGAUCAAAUUCAAGAGGAAGCAUUGCAUCAGGUAAAUGGUUUAAUUGAUGGUUUAAUUGUUGGUCUUCGUGAAGAUCCAAUUGGAACACGGCAACGUUGUGCAUCUUUUAUGAGUGCCUGUAGUUCACAAGGUUUGGGUACCUCUGAUAAAAAUUUUGAAACUGUUAUUCUUGGAUGCACUAUAGAUGAUCAAAAGCAGAUAAAAAAACGACUGCAAGGAUUAUUGGAUUAUAUUGACAAAAUGCACACCAUACAAUUGCUGUGA